AUGGUUUCUGAUCUACUUUUACCUGAUUCUGGCGCUUGGAAUACUUCUUUGAUUCGUCAUUUGUUCCCUAAUUCUGUUGCUUCGGCGAUUCUUAGUUUCGAACGCCCGCUACGGAACAUUGACGAUUUUGUUUACUGGAAGUACACCCGGGAUGGGUCUUUCUUGACUAAAACUGCUUACACUGGUUUUCUUAUUCAGCAUUUCAAUCUCCUACACUCUUCGCCUGCUUCGUGGUGUUGGAAACGUUUUUGGGGUUUGCCUAUCCUUCCUAAAUGGAAAAUGCUAGCUUGGAAGGUUUUAUAUAGUUCUCUUCCUGUGGCAGACCUUCUGAAAUUGAAAGGUAUUCCCAUUAAUUCCACUUGUGUUUUUUGCCAUGUUUCUUCGGAGUCAGUGGGUUACCUUUUUCGGGAUUGCCCUCUUUCCCGCCAUUUAUGGGAUUCCUUUUCUUGGGAGUCUCUUCCUAAGCCUGAGGCUCCUCUUUCUUUUCUAGUCUCGUUUUCGGCUGUCAUCUCUAGAUAUGUGACAACAAAGAAUUGGUCUGCUUUAGAUCGUUUCUUUGGGAUUUGUUGGGCCAUUUGGCUUACCAGGAAUAGUGUUAGGUUUAGAUCAACAGUCUACUCUCCUGAUUCCAUUUUGCAUAUCGCCCGUGACUGGUGGGACAAAAGUGGUAAGGCUCGUGAUUUUUCUGAUUCCCUUAAUGAUAUUCCCCUGGGCUUUUCUUACCCUUUUGUGAGUCAGGUUUUGCGGGGUAAUCCCAAUGUGCCUGACAUAGUUAUUAUGCACUUUGAUGGUGCCUGGGAUCAAGGCAAUUAUAAUGCAGGAAUAGGGUGGUGUUUUUGGGAUACCUCUUCCUUCCAGUCCAUUGGAGGUGGGGCCAGGGCUUGUAUGGCUGCUUCUGCGCUCCACUCAGAAUUGCAAGCUUGUCUUUUUGGCCUUAGGCAUGCUCUCCAGUCUUUUUGUCUUUUUUAUGGUGCCUGGCAUCAAGGCAAUUAUUCCGCGGCUACUUAUGGGUCUUGGUUCUACUGA